GUCAUUUCCGCACUUAUGUCACACUAACAAAGCGGAUGCUGUCCGGAGCUGUGGGGCAGUUGCUUCUGCUCCUGCCUGCUUGCCUCAAGUGCUGCUCCCCAUGUAAACAAGAGUGACGUCAGUUCAAGGCAGCAAGCUGCACCAGGCAACCAGACACAAAUGGGACACUUGAACGUUGGUGGAUUCAAUCGAGGCAGGAAGCAAAUCGCUGCCAGCAUUUGAAAUAGAGCUCAGAGUCCCCGUCUCCAAAUUCCACAUCGCCGACCCCUCCUCUCCAUCCCAUCCCAUCUACCCACUUCUCUCCACCUCUCGUCAUCAAGUCUAAGACCAGACACCACGCCUUCAAUAGACCAUCUCUAUCAUCCACUCUCGAGCAAAUCCAACACUGCAAACAUGCCUUCUGAAGCUCAGGUUAUCGGCGGCCACAAGGCCAACCUGCACAAUCCAGACACCUCUGCUGAAGCCAAGGAGCACUCCAAGCAGGUUCUCAAGGAGGACUUCAACGUUAUCGUGGACGGCAACAAGACCAAGGACCUCAGCCACGUCGAGGCUGGCCUGAAGGGUGCCAUGCACAAUGAGAACCUCCCCGUCGAGUCCCAGUUUGCGGCUGCGGAGAAGCUGGGUGAGAUCAAGAAGUAAACGACAUGACGGCAUCAAAUGGUCGCAAGGGACCUUGGGCUUGACGGAUUUUCUUGGACGUUCUGCCGCUUCCGUGGUGAUUUGGGGCUGGGGCGGGCGCGACGAGGUCGCGUUUGUUAAUGGCAAAGCAAAGAUACCAAUGUGAUUUCACGCCAACCACUGGCACUAGCAAAUUGAUACCACUUCCCGAUUG